AUGUCUGGGAAGACAGAAUGGCGCGUCGGAGAUAUGGUGAUGGCCCGCUGGUCGGACGGUCUCUGGUACCCGGCCAAAAUCGACGAGAUCAGCCAAGAGGACAACAAGGAUUACUAUCGCGUCCACUUCCCGGGAUGGGGCAAGCGAUACGACGAUGUCUUCAGCGAAGAACAAGUAGCAGACUCCUGGAAGCCCUACACGCGGGAGGCGGCAGAUGAAGCCCGCGAGGAAGUGCGCCUCGCUAAAGCGCAGGAGCAAAAGAAAAAACGCAGCAAGAGCCUGGGCUCGAAAUCAAUCACUCGCGCUAGGGGAAAAUCCGUCACACCAAGGAGCAAAGUGACCAACUCGGAAGUCCGAAGCAACCCUCCCAAGCGCAGCGAGGCCGUUGUGGUGAAGGUUAAAGAAGAGCAGCAGUCCGAGCCGGAGGAGCUAAAACCGUUCGUCAUGACGCUCCGCUUACCGAACGCGCUGCGCCAGAUCGUCGUUGAUGAUUAUGAUCUGGUCGAUCGCCUAGGCCAGCUGCCCACGUAUCCCGCAAAACAACCAGUCGACGUGAUUCUGAAAGAGUACUUAUCUUCUAUCGGCAAACUGCGUGACGGCGUGUUGGAGCGGGAGAAGCCGGUGCUCGGUGAGGACGAGGAUCUAGUGGAGCCACUCGUCUACUUGCGCUUCUUUUUCGACUGUAGCCUCGGCACUUCCUUGCUCUACAAGACCGAGCUUUCGCACUACAAUACUCUGCACCUAAAAGAUCCGCUGGACCCAAAAUACAAUGCCUCCCAGGGCGCACUUCCGUCAGAAUCGUAUGGCCUGCCGCAUCUCCUCAGGCUCCUGGCGUUCCUGCCGAGGAAGUACCAAGAGAUCCCUAUGCCCCAGGGCCACAUUGAGAGAAAUGCUCGUAGCCUCCAGGGCUUCUUGGACUGGUUGGAGACGAAGGCGGGCGAUUACUUCGACCGUAGCGCCUACUUUGUGCCGCUGGAUGAGGACGUGAAGCGCAUCAAAACGGAGCCUGAGGAGUAU